AUGUCUUUCUCCGGGCGGCGGUUGAGCAUCCUGCGUCCUUCCAGGCGGUUCUCGGUCGGCAAGGGCCUGUCUGAGAAUGAACGGACUUCCGAAACUCAUCGCCAGUUCCGUAGCGCCCACGAGGGCCACCGUCCCCAUGCCGGCCUGGACGCCUCCCGCGCCUCCACGGGUGUCGUCUGGUGCACCGAGCGAGCGACCGAACACGGUUAUGCGGAGGAUCCUUCUGCCUGGGCCAACCUGGGCCAGGGUGCCCCCGAGGCCGAUGAUGAGAUCGAGGGCAGCUUUCCCAGACCGACCUCUAUCCCCAUCACCUCUGCCGCCCGCGAGUACGGGCCCACGGCGGGCAUCCGGCCCCUGCGCGACGCCGUCGCCAACCUCUAUAACGAGCACUACCGGCAGGGCAUGGAGAGCCAAUAUACCUGGGAGAACGUGUGUAUCGUCCCCGGUGGUCGCGCAGGCCUCAUCCGGAUCGCCGCCAUCCUGGGCAACUCCUACCUCUCCUUUCCUAUCCCGGACUACUCGGCCUACUCGGAGAUGCUGAGCUUGUUCAAGAAUAUCGCUCCUAUCCCCAUCCCUCUCGCCGAAGAUGAUCACUACCACAUCCACCCCGACAAGAUCGCCGAGGAGAUCGCCCGUGGUACCUCGGUGCUGCUGACCUCCAACCCGCGGAACCCUACGGGUCACUUUGUCGACAAUGAAGAACUGGCCCGCAUCCAGGACAUCUGCCGUGACCGUGCAACUCUGAUCCUCGACGAAUUCUACGGCGGCUACAACUACACCUCUGACUGCGAUGGCACCACCAUCAGUGGCGCCGCCAACGUGGUCGACGUCAACAAAGAUGAUGUCCUUCUGAUUGACGGCCUGACGAAGCGCUUCCGACUGCCCGGAUGGCGUAUCGCAUGGAUCAUCGGCCCGAAGGAGUUUGUCGACGCGCUGGCCUCGGCCGGCUCGUACCUGGACGGCGGGGCGAACGUGCCCUUCCAGGAGGCGGCGAUCCCCAUGCUAGAGCCGUCGCUGGUGCGCGCGGAAAUGAAGGCGCUGCAGACACACUUCCGCGAGAAGCGCGACUACGUGCUCAAGCGGCUGGGCGAGAUCGGCUUCCGUGUCAAGGACGUGCCCCAGGCGACGUUCUACAUCUGGCUGGAUCUGACCUCGCUCGAACCCCCGCUGCCCAAGGAGGCCAACAUCUCCGACGGGCUGAACUUCUUCAACGCCCUGCUCACGGAGAAGGUCAUCGUUGUGCCGGGGAUCUUCUUUGAUCUGAACCCGGCCCACCGGCGCGACCUCUUCGACAGCCCCUGCCAUCAUUUCGUCCGGCUCAGCUACGGGCCCAAGAUGGAGGUCCUGCGCAAGGGUCUCGACGGUAUCGAGCGCGUCAUCCGUCGCGCCAGGGGGGAGACCGUCGACGGAUACUGGGAGGACGAGGUUGCUGUCCAGGACUAG